CGCUCUGCUGCCGUGCCAAACAUGGACCCGUGUCAAGUUUGACUGGAUUGCCAUUUUCACAUCCACUUGUACUGCUUCUGACCCGCGCACUGUUACAUGCAAUGAGACGCCAUGAUCCGGCCUGAGGAGGAUAAUCGCGCAACCCCAGUAGACAGCAUGGACACCGAAAAGCUCUCGGCUGAAAGGUGACCUCCAGACACUUCACCUCCCCAAAACGUUUGCGAGCCCUUGAGGCCUACAGGCACGGAUGUCUGACAUGGCGGGAGUUCACCUAAAGGCUUCGGCGGUUGUGUUGGUUGACCUCUAAUUACAUCACAUCCUAAUAUGCCAGGACAUAACAAUGAGCUCAAACAGCACAGACCCUGGCCUUUUCCUGACUGCCAACACCUCAACCCCAGCAGCUGGAGCCUACCCACAAUCCAAUGCUCUCCACCAAGGAGGAACUGGAGGAGCACCGUGGUUGGCCUUUCACGUGAACACCCUGGAUGAUAAUUCCUCUUCCACCAGCAAACUCUUAAACCUAACUUCCGAAUCCCAAAAUGACAACAGCACCACAGUCCUUGAUCCCUUGGGUGGACACCCUGUGUGGCAGGUUGUCCUCAUUGUCUUGCUGACAGGUAUGCUGUCACUGGUCACCAUCAUUGGCAACAUCCUGGUAGUGGUAUCCUUCAAGGUUAAUCGCCAGCUAAAGACAGUCAAUAACUACUUCCUGCUGAGCUUGGCUGUGGCUGAUCUCAUCAUAGGGGUCAUCUCCAUGAACCUCUACACAGCUUAUCUUGUGAUGGGCUACUGGGCCAUGGGCAACUGGGCCUGUGACCUGUGGCUGGCUAUAGACUAUGUUGCCAGCAAUGCAUCAGUUAUGAACCUAUUGGUCAUCAGCUUUGACCGCUACUUUUCCGUCACCAGGCCUUUGACCUACCGGGCCAAGCGGACCACAAAGCGAGCUGGUAUCAUGAUCGGCCUAGCCUGGUUUGUUUCUCUUGUUCUGUGGGCCCCAGCCAUCCUGCUAUGGCAGUAUUUUGAGGGUAAAAGGACAGUCCCCUCAGAUGAAUGCUACAUUCAGUUCCUGUCACAGCCCACUAUAACCUUCUGCACAGCCAUGGCAGCUUUCUACCUGCCUGUGACUAUAAUGAGUGUUCUCUACUGGCGCAUUUACAAGGAGACCCAGAACCGUUCAAAAGAGUUAGCUGGCUUGCAGGGUUCAGGGGGUCGUGGUGGAAGAGGAGGAAAAAGUGGGAAUGGUGGAGGAGAGAGAGCUCGUUUUGUCCAUCAGACAGGAAGUUCUAGAAGUUGUAGUAGCUAUGAGUUGACCAGGUUGUCCCAGAGAAAGAGCACAUGUCGGGAGCUGGUUGGCCGCUUCCACUGCUGGCCUGGGGUUCGUUCGUGGAGACCUGGUAGUACCCGGCACGGGGAGGGUGAUCCAGACCAGAGCAGCAGUGACAGCUGGAACAACAAUGAUGCUGCCGCCUCAUUGGACCACUCUGGAUCUUCAGAGGAUGAAGACUGUGGGGGCCAAGAGAUGAUUUCCCAGAGUCACGCUAUUUUCUCCAUUGUUCUCAGCCUGCCUGGAAUAAAGGCCGCUGUCAACUCACAACUCACCUCAUGUGAGGAUCUGGAUGCAGCCACAGAGGAGGAUCCCCUCAGGGGAGCAGAGUAUAACCGAGACAGCCUCUCAACACUAACCACUAACACCACUGCCACCACUACUCCUGAUGGGGCAAACAGUUCAGAAAAUAGCUACCACCAACACUUCUGCUCACGCAAGAUUCAGUCAAUGCCUACCAUCCAGGCUGCCUCUAACCAAGGCUCUUCGGAUGAUCCCCCAACAGCUAAUACGACUGCCACCGACAGCACUACCACCAGCACCACCACUAAAUCCCCCUCUGUACCGAUGUCUUUCAAAGAGGCAGCUCUGGCGAAGCGUUUUGCAGCCCGAGCUCGGACUCAGAUCACCAAGAGGAAGCGCAUGUCGUUAGUGAAGGAGAAGAAGGCAGCUCAAACGCUCAGCGCCAUCCUGUUAGCGUUCAUCAUCACAUGGACACCUUAUAACAUCAUGGUGCUGAUCAAUGCCUUCUGUAAUGUUUGCAUCCCGGAGACCCUGUGGGCAGUAGGUUACUGGCUGUGCUACGUCAACAGCACGGUCAACCCCAUGUGCUACGCCCUGUGCAACAAGACUUUCCGGACGACCUUUAAGAUGAUACUGCUGUGCCGCUGGGACCAGAGAAAAAGGAGGAAGCAGCAGUUCCAGCAGAGGCAGUCAGUGGUCUUCCACAGGAGGAUUCCCAGGGAGUCCACGUAAAGGAUGGGAAGUUUGGAUGGUUGAAACAGCAAAUUGAAAAAUUUGACAUAAGGAAAAGGAAGAAGCAUCCAUGUUGUUGUUUCUGUGGAGUUUCUUUGCUUCGAGAUCCUUAAUGUGUUUCUCUGCUGAGAUGUCAAGCACAGCAAUCCUGUGUCGAGGUCUUGAGGUAUAUGUUUGUGUUGGUGCAUCCAUUUAGCAAAGCUGCGUGUAUGCGUGAAGGGUUGAAUAAGGUGAGGUCCAGAGAUGAAAGCUUUCCCUGUGUCCUUGAAGAAUAGUUUACCAUUUCACGCUAGUACAACUGAGAGAAAAUGAACUGAGUGGAAAAUAAUAGAAAAAGGGCUUUAAAAUGCAUUGCAGGUGAAUAAUUGAAGUGCAAUUGACACAAGGGGACAGGAUAUCUUUGUCACAGGGUUGGGGAUUAACAUUUCUUAUCAUUUCUUCUCUGUGGGUAGCUAGAUCUGUAACGUGCAGAGUGGUUUUGCAUUUCAAACAAAACUAUGUAUCUGUAAUACAUCACUGAAAGCCAGGACAAAAACUCUUUUUUCCCUUGCAGGCUUCUACAUUGUACUGAUUUGUCCUGCCUGUCUUGACUGGCGUGUAUUCUUAUCAGAACAUCUGUACAUUGCCUUUCUACAUGGAUAUAGCUCUCCUGUGUCUGAUGGAAUAUAAAAAGGUUCUUAAAUUGUGUCCUUACUUUCUGUCAACAGAGAUCUGUUAUUUUUGUGAUAUUCAUCUUUGGUUUUCUAGAUAUUCCUGAGAUUUUGAGCCAGUCUGAAAAUGAUUCUUCUGAUGAACUGAGUUGUGAAUAUUCUGUGUGGCACCACAGUCAGUGAACUGCUGUUGUGUUCAAUGUGAUUGUUGUGGUUUUUUUAUGGUGGAGACAAUAAGUACAUUGGUUGUGUUUUAUGUACUUGCAGUUCUCUGUCAAGAGUAAUGAUUAUACAGUUAUGAUAUUCUGUUUGUGUACAUUUGGAUAUUUCUGACUUGAUACACAAUGAUCGAUUGCAAACACAAAGAUGUCCAUUUAUAAAGAUGUGCAUUUUGAUUUUACACUAUCUUUUAAAUUUCUACAAAAUGAUACAGCUGAAGAACUCUUUGUAUAAGGCCUCUCAUCUUUGAUAUAGUAGAGAAAUGGCAGCCUCUAGUGGCUUGAGAAAGACAUGUUGUCCAGGCCGAAUCACUGUCAGUCCAACUUUUACAGUGCAGCAUCAAAAUCUCAUUCUGCCAAUAUGAAGACAGAAAUGGCCACGAUCAUUGAAGGUACAACAUUUUAACUUUCUGGCAUAACCACAUUUUUUUAGUUUAAUUUUAUGUUAUUUAUGGAUGAGUUUCUUCUUUAAAGAUAUUAAUUAAAUAGACUGACAGCAGUUAAUUUGUACAACCCUGAUUCCAAAUAAGUUGCUCUGUAAAACAUAAAUAAAACAGAAUGUGAUCAUUUGCUAAACCUUGCUGACAUAUACUCAGUUGAA